CUCUACGCCGCAUGCGGACACGGCUCGGCUGGGGGCUGGGUUGGGGGCUGGGCUGGGGGCUGGGGCUGCUGGUGGCGGCGGGGGGCCGCUGCCCGAGGCGGGUCUGGGGUCCGGAGUGGGGCUGGGGCCGCUCCCCGCAGCGCGCCAUGCACGGACAGAGCGAGGGGAGGCCGCGGUACCUCGGGCAGGAGGAGGCUCAGGCCAUCGACCAGGAGCUCUUCACCGACUAUAAAUUCAGCGUGGACCAACUGAUGGAGCUGGCGGGGCUGAGCUGCGCCACCGCCAUCGCCAAGGCGUACCCCCCCGACUCCUUCCCCACCAGCCCCCCAGCCGUGCUGGUGCUCUGCGGGCCGGGCAACAACGGCGGCGACGGUUUGGUGUGCGCCCGGCACCUGAAAAUGUUUGGCUACCACCCCACCGUGCACUACCCCAAGCGGCCCAGCAAGCCGCUCUUCGAGGCGCUGACCACGCAGUGCCAGAAGAUGGACAUCCCCUUCCUCACCGACUUCCCGGCGGAGGCCGCGCUCAUCGACGGGCUGUAUGGGCUGGUGGUGGAUGCCAUCUUUGGGUUCAGCUUCAAGGGAGCGGUGCGGGAGCCGUUUGGGAGCAUCCUCAGCACCCUGCAGGGCGUCACGGUGCCCAUUGCCAGCAUUGACAUCCCCUCGGGCUGGGACGUGGAGAAGGGGCGGGCGGACGGGCUGAGGCCCGACAUGCUCAUCUCCCUGACGGCCCCCAAGAAGGCAGCCGCGCAUUUCUCGGGGCGCUACCACUUCCUGGGGGGGCGCUUUGUGCCCCCGGCGCUGCAGGAGAAGUACGGCCUCAACCUCCCUCCGUACCCAGGCACCGACUGCGUCCUGCAGCUGCCCUAGGGCUGGGUGCUGGGCGGUCGCAGCCCCACCAGAGGUGCUUCCAGGUACGGAGCCGGGCGCCAAGGGCCGCGUCACUUCAGGAUUGUUUGGUGCAAUAAAAAUGUAUUAGAAAACA